CACACAGGAAGGUCACACCAUCCCCCACCAUCAUCAGGCUGAAGAUCUGAAAGAUAUCAAAGUUGAGAUUAAAUUGGAAGAAGAAAAGAUGACUGGAUGUCCGCAGACUAUGAAGGAGGGUGUUCUUCUAUAUAGCCAGGAUUCAACACAAGAAGAUCACACCACCACUCACCAUGAUCAGGAUGAAGAACUGAAAGACCUCAAAAUUGAGGUUAAAGAGGAAGAAGAAGAGACGUUGGUGAGUGGAGAUCAGCAGUCUAUGGAGGAGGGGGAGAAGAUUGUGAAAAGUAAACAGGAGGAAACUUCUCUACAUAUCGACACAAGUGGUCGUUAUGUUCGGAAUUCCUCGGAGGAAAAUCUCACUUUAUCUUCGGAUUGGAAUUCCUCGGAUCUUCACAUUAUACAAUUAUCUCCCGGUGAGAAUCCGAAGGAAUCCUCCAACCAAUCACAGGCUAUGCCUUCCAAUCUCCAUCCAAUCAGAUCGACCGAUCCAUCGAAUCCCGAGGUGUCUUCUUCCAGCCACGGAGGACCCCGUGCGGGAGAACGCUCGAUGUCGUGUUCGGUGUGCGGGAGAACGUUUGCCGAAACCAGAGACCUCCUCCUACACGAGAGGACUCACACGGCCGUGCGACCCUAUGCCUGUUCCGAGUGCGGGAAAUGCUUCACAGAAAAGAAAAUACUCCUUAAACACCUGAGAGGCCACACGGGCGAGCGCCCUUUCUCCUGUACGCAGUGCGGGAAGUGUUUCAUUCACAAAGGAGACCUUCUCCGGCACGAGCGAAUCCACGUGGGGGAGCGCCCUUUCUCCUGUCCAGAGUGCGGAAAAUGUUUUAUUCACAAGGGAGACCUUCGUCGGCAUCAAAGGAUUCACACGGGCGAGCGGCCUUUCUCGUGUUCGGAGUGCGGGAAAAGCUUCAUGCACAAGGGCGACCUGCUGAAACACCAAAGAAUACACACGGGCGAGCGCCCGUAUUCCUGUUCAGAGUGCGGGAAAAGCUUUACUGAGAAAGGCACGCUUGUUACCCACCAGAGAAUCCACACGCGCGAGUAUCCGUUCUCGUGCCCGGAGUGCGGAAAGUGCUUCGCUGUCAGAGGAAAGCUUGUUAUACACAAGAGAAGUCACACGGGCGAGCGUCCGUUUUCGUGUCCCGAUUGCGGGAAAUGUUAUUCUGGGAAAGGGAAACUCAUCGCCCACCAAAGAAGCCACACGGGCGACAGCCCUUUCAAAUGUUCGGAGUGCGGGAAACGUUUCAACCAGAAAGCCGACCUUCUCAAGCACCACAGAAUUCACACGGGCGAGCGUCCUUUCUCGUGCUCGGUGUGCGGGAAAUGCUUUGUCCAGAAAGGAAACCUUCUAAAACAUCAGAAGACUCACAGAGGGGAGCGCCAAGGGUCGUCGUAAAGGUUGUUUUGUAAAUAAAUU